ACUUUUGGGGCUUUUUAAUGCAGUUUUGUUGUUUUUCCUUUAGUUCCUUUGGACUUGCAGUCCGCACCAUAUAUACAUAUAUCUAACUAUGCAAACUCUCUCAAAACAAAAAGGAAAUUCACAUUGAUGCUACUCAAAAAUACUUGCAAUCAUUAUGUGCCAGAUACCCUGUCUAUACCUAUGAUCAGAGAAGUGACCCCCAGCGUGUGCCAGUUCUAAUCACUGAACUAAAUAGCUCUAAAUCAAACGUCAUCACCAAGUCCAACCCAGGCAUUAAUUGUUUUGGGUCUCAGCCACCUUAUUGGCUUGCUGGCAUUUCAGCAGUCAUCUCAGACAUCGUUCUCCCAGCUCUGUGCGCCUCUCUCCUCCUUUCUCUCUGUUUGAAUCAUCAUCAUCAGCAGCAGCAGCAGCAGCAGCAACAGCUCGGUGAGGAGCACAUCAGGAAGGUCAGCUCUGCACACUCCCAACUCAACUCAGCUGACAUCUACACAGGUAUUCAGCCUGGCUCUCAUGGAGGGGAAUCACCUGGAGGGCAAUCACUCGACUAGAAGCACGCAGCCAUCUGUGCUUCAAGAUCAGACUGACAGUCAAAUUUAUGAAGUCGCCGUGCAGAGCAACUCCACCAAUCUCAGCUCCCAGUUUGCAGAUGUUGCUUUGCUGCAGACGUUCAAGCCUCUCAUCAUUCCCUGCUACGUCCUCGUGGUGUUGGUGGGGGUCUUUGGGAACUACCUGCUGCUGUACGUCAUCUGCCGAACCCGAAAGAUGCACAAUGUCACCAACUUUUUCAUCGGAAACCUGGCGUUUUCAGACAUGCUCAUGUGUGUCACGUGUGUUCCUUUCACUCUGGCCUACGCCUUCAACCCACAUGGGUGGGUUUUUGGUCGCUCAAUGUGCUACUUGGUGUUCCUCAUCCAACCUGUCACAGUGUAUGUUUCAGUCUUCACCCUAACAGCCAUCGCAGUGGACAGAUAUUAUGCAACUGUUCACCCCUUGAAGAAGAGGACCACCGUUGCCACCUGCAUCUACGUUCUCUCUGGGAUUUGGCUGCUGUCUUGCGGCUUAGUGGCCCCCGCCGUGUCUCACACCUACCAUGUUGAGUUCAAAGAGGAGGGCUUCACCAUCUGUGAGGAGUUCUGGUUGGGUCAAGAGAAAGAAAGACGGGCUUAUGCAUACAGCACUUUGUUAAUCACAUAUGUGCUUCCACUGUCUGCUGUCUUUGUUUCCUAUCUCUGCAUCACUGUAAAAUUAAAGAAAUGUGUUGCCCCCGGCAACAAGACACAAGAUCAGGUAGGCAUCCACCAGGCGCGCAAGAGAAAGAUCUUCAGAUUGGUUGCCCUUUUGGUGUCCGCCUUCGCUGUGUGUUGGCUUCCAAUCCAUGUGUUCAAUGUGCUGAGGGACAUUGACAUCCACCUCAUUAACAAGCGCUACUUUUUACUGAUCCAGCUGCUGUGCCACCUCUGUGCCAUGAGCUCAUCCUGUUGCAACCCCUUCCUCUACGCAUGGCUGCACGACCGCUUCCGCUCCGAGCUGCGGAAGAUGCUCAAAUGCCAACAGCGCAUUGGGGCCCCUGCCAGUCAGUGUGCUGCAGGUGUGGUUUUGUGAUUAAAAAGCGUCUUAGAUGUUAUUCAAGUUGAACCUUUUGAAAUUUUACUGCAGGUGGAAAGAAAUUCCUAAUGAAUGCCACCACACUGAGGACUGCGUUUUUGUGGAAAUAUUUCUUACAUUUCUUACAUUCACGGUAGUAUUCAGGCUUUUUAAUUGUCCAAAUAGAAUUUUAAAAGUUAAUGUGAAAUUAAGGCCUUAAAAACCAGCCCUAUAAAAGAAACACCUACUACUGUAUGAGGUAUGAGCCAAUUUACCCAACAAGCUGUGAAUCAAAUUAAUGUUGGGCCUGGAUUUCAGAAGGGCAUCUAGAAUUGACACUUCCAGACAAAUCAGUUUGAAUUUUUGAUAUAUUUAUUUAUUUAUAGCAGAUGAAAUUCCAAGGCCAACAACCCUUUACUGUGCAUAUUUUUAAACUUGUAAGCAGUCUGGGUUUUCAUAGGUGAAAAUCCAACACAGCAGUCCUGAAGUGACUGGAUUCUGCACUCAUGCAGGAGUCAUUUCUGAGAUUUCAUGACUUCUUUGUGACUCACACAAACUACUGCAACAAUUCAGCUCCCUUUAAUGGGCAAACGUUGCAUUUUGAAUUAUAAUUUGGAUUAAAUAAGUGCGAUUUGUGCAGCCUCCAAUUCUCUUUAGAGGGUGUGUGAGUUUGCCAUAUUUGUGCUGACAGCAAACUUUCAGAAUAAGAUAACAGACAGAUUUGACAUGGAGGUAAAGUGGACUGUCAGUGUUAAUGAUAGAGUUGUGAACACUUCUAUAUUUGUAAGAUGACAUUUCAAUAUGCUGCCAUCCUGCAAAUCAAGUUUUUUUGUGACUAAAUCAGCUUUUCAGAAAAGCAAGACCUCCUCUGACAGGUGGUCUUUAUGCAUCUUUUAGUCAUGUGGUGGCCAUCUCUGCUUGUCAUUAGAUGAUCACAAGACAAUGUACUAAAUGUGAGAUCCAAUCCAAAUUGGAUUUAUGAUAAAUACAGUACACAUAUUUUAUGCACACUCUAAAAAAAACAACAUCAGCAUUUUUUGUCUGUUCUGAGUACUUCAAACACAGGAUGUGUUCUUCAUGUCAAGGUCAAAACGGUCAUAAGUCAUUGUUUGACUUGACGUCUUUCUAUGGGUUUGAAAACUGUCCUUAAUUGAGACUUUUUAAUUUGUAUCUGUGUUUUUUUUAAUAGUGGUAUGUCACAGAAAAAUGAUUGUAGAAUUUAGAUUGUUGGAAAUCAGGAUUACUAGACAGCAUCCAGACUUUCAACAUGACUUGUAUAAAAAAUGACUUUUUCAUAUGUGGACUGACAUUCAAAAAGAUGAGAUGGAAUUAACAGAAUAAUUACUUUUCGUUCCUUAAAUGUAAUAAUUUGAGUGCACAAAUCAGUAUAUUUUGCACACAAAUUAUUUUUUAUGCACACAAUAUAGCAUGAUUUGUGCAGACAAACUUGCAUGAUUUGUACACACAAAAUACUAAUUUAUUUGCCAAAAGUAGAAUUUAUGUGCACAAAUUCCAAAUUGUGUGCAAAAAAUAGUUGAUUGUGCCCACAAAUAAUAAUAUGUUAAUUUUUGGUGAUAAAAUAACAAAUUGUGGAGACAAAAGUUAUUUUGUGUGCACAAGUUAUUAUUUUAAGGGAACAACUCUUUUUAACGUCAUUUCCAGGGUUCCUAAUGUUUUUCAGUCAUAAAAUAUUUGUUUUUUCCUUUGUCCAGUGCAACUAAGUGUUUCAUUUUCACUUGCACUAAAUUGGAAAUGUAGCCUUAUGUUAGCCUGCAGAAGUGAAUGAUAAACAUCUUUUGGGGCUUUCUGGAAAAGGGAUUCUUUGUACUUUAUUUGACCACAAAUGUUAAAGUAUAUUUCCAUUAGAACUGUUGAGUUUGAAGGACUUGGACGCUUAGCCUCUUCCAUAUUAACUCCACGCGAGUUAUUCAGAAUUUAAGAAAUAAGAUGACAAAUUAAAAGAAAACAAAAACUUUCAACAGUCAAGGCGUUCAACAUGCGGAAACAAUCAGGUGUUAAUAGUUUUUCUAAUGAGCUGCCAUGAUCUCUGGGAGAAAUAAUCUUCUGAUCUCAUCAGUUGUGACAGAUGUUUUGAUUUCCUGUCAUCACACAGCUUUCAAAAUUCUUUCACAUCAUGACAGCAAAAAGUGGAAAUGACUUACAUCCAUGCAGACGUGAGGGACAUAAAUGGGAAGAGCAUGUCUUCAUGGACCUGGAUCUUUGUAAUCACAUUACAAGGGAUAUUUAGAAUAAAUGAGAUCUGCUGAAUAUUACCUGUAGAUUUUUCAGCGGCGCAAAAACCAGGGAGACAGGGCCGCCCGUGCAGAAGACAGGAUAUGAGGAGAAAAUUAAACCAUCAGUUUAAAUUGUAUUUUGAAAAUGGUGAGUAGAAUGUGAUUGUUUCCACUUAGCUUCCCGUGUCAGAUGUGAUCAUUAUGCCUUGCUCAGUAUAUUGGGAAAUUAGGUUCUGCAACCAAAAGGUUUCAUUUGGUGUAGCUGAUGAAUGCACACCGGCGUUUGUGUCAUGAAAUUAUUUUUAAUGGCAGAGAUUUUCAUUUUAUGUGUGACAAUAUAUAAGAUUAUUUGUGUGAGGGUUGAUUCUGUUCUUCUCUGUGGUUCUCUGCUCUCUGUUGUUUCUAAUUUAAACAAAGGAUUCAUGAAAAAUACUAUAAAAAACUGUUCAGCAUUAUUUCAUACAUUCCCAAAAUUAUGAUUUUAUUUUAUAAAAAUCUAACAGUAAAUACUGUGGUGCAUUUGUUUAUCACUGCUGGCACCAAACAAUUAUCAGUCAGUUUUUGUCUCAAAAGAACAUUUUUCUGUCAUUUUAGCACCUUAUGCAUCUUUAAGUUUUUGUAGAAAGAAUCACUAAAUUGGUAAUACAUUCAUUAACUUUUUGUCCCAAAAGAUAUUCUUAAAAUUAUUUAUGAAAAAUGUGUAUUAUUAUA